ACUCUCACUUCCUCCAACGAUGACAUGGAUAGAAACGACAAUCCGCUAGGGCCUGCAUCGCCCGACGGCAUAGACUGGACGCUGGAUAUUCCUGAUACCGAUCACGUUCGCUUCUUCCGAUCUAUACAAUGGCAUGAGACGCUCUUAGGCCCGGUACAAUCUUGGGGCACUGCUCUUCGCCUCUAUGUCGCCGUCUACAAUGAGGGCUUUGCAGAAGCUGCUGGAAGGGCACAUCCUUUCUUGAUGGGCCACACCUUUGCAGAGGCGUUUCCUGAAAUUUGUGAAGACAUCAUGCCUGUAUUUGAAAUGGCCAAGAAGACGAAGAAAGACGUUCCAGUCAUAGAGAUGCCCCUCAUGGUCAGGAGAAACAAUUUCCUCGAGGAGACACAUUUUACUGGAGACUUCAUUCCACUAAGAGGAGACGACGGCAAGGUUCAGGGCUGGUACAAUUCGUUGGCCGAAGUGACGAGACAGAAGAUCGCUGACCGCAGGCGAAGAAUGCUAAACAUGAUUCCGGUUUUGCCCAAAGGUUGCACUUCCACGACUAUUGGCUCUCACUUCAUCGACUGUUGUCGGACGAAUCUGUUGGACAUACCACUCGCUCUUAUGUGGGAGAUAGACAACGCCUCGAACUCGACACAGCCGUCCCGCAAACUGAAGCUCAAAGGAAGGAUUGGUGUGCCGGAGAGCCACUUACUGGCCGAACAAGAGGGCAGUCUCGACAGCGACGAGAGCAUCUAUUCUCUAUUAAGGGAGGCAGGAACCGAUCCCAUCACUUCACCUUGUGGACCAGAGUUUGAUGGUGUUGAGUGGGAAGGCUUCAAGGAGCCAUCGGAGCAUAUCUGUGUCAUACCACUCUCGAACGCUGGACGCCUAUAUGGAUAUCUGCUAAUCGGGGCGAAUCCAAGAAGACCAAUCGACGACGAUCAUGAACAGUUCAUGCGCGAUCUCGGAUCGCAAAUGUCUUCGUCUAUGGCAUUCUUAGUUUCGAUGGAAGAAUCGAAUGCGCGACAGUCUCGCUUAGAAAAUCAAUUGGCCGCGAGUGAACACCAUAUCAGAUACAUGGCUGACCAUCUUGACAUCGGUUUGGAACAUCUGUCUCUCUCAGGGAAGGUGCUUUGGGCCAACGAGCAUUAUUUCAACCUCAUCGGUCAGGAACCCAUUUCCGAUUUCGCCGAGCUGCGACUUCCGUUCAAACACCACGUUCUUGAGGAGGACCAACCAAAGAUGCAGGCAGCCUGGGAAGCGGUGUUGAAGGGUGUGAUAACGACCACGACUGAGUUCCGAAUGAAAAGGCUGUGGAACCCUCCGUCCGGACCACCUGUGCCCGCUACUGUGCUCAUAUCAGCUGUGCCAUACAUCGAAGAUGGCGAAAUCAAGUCCAUCAUGGCUUGUAUGACAGAAGUCAGUCGUCUCAAGUGGGCUGAAGGGUGGCAGGCCCGAGCAGCACAAGAAGCACAAGAGGCAAAACGACAACAAAGCGAGUUCACUGAUGCUAUCUCACACGAAGUCCGGAAUCCCUUGUCUGCCAUGCUGCAACUUGCGAACAGCAUUUCUGGAUCUCUGGAAGACUACAAAGAGAAAGAGACUAGCGCUGAGGAAUACCUUCACGUAGUCCAAGAGAAUAUCGAGGCAGCCAAGACGAUCAUCUUCUGCGCUUCUCACAUGCGCAAAAUAUUGGACGACGUGUUGGUUCUUUCCAAGAUGGACUUUAUGCUUUUGUCUCUAUCACCAAGCCCGGUUCAGCCACUCGAUCUUGUCGAAAAUGCUGUGAAGAUGCUACAAGCAAACAUCUCAGCGGCAGAGAUAGAGAUGAAGAUUGAGGCGCAUGAAUCAGUCAGCGAACUUGGAGUUGAUUGGGUGAUGUGCGACCCUUUGAGAGUCACACAGAUCCUGAUAAAUCUGUUGUCUAACGCGAUCAAGUUUACACGACUAGAGCGUCAUCGCUGUGUGACUCUGCGAUAUGGCGCUUCCAUUGAGGAGCCANAAAACUCAUUCCAAGAAGGUCUAUGCUGGGCUCCAACAAAAGAAGAACAUGAAGACGUCACCCUCGAGAAAGAAUGGGGCAAUGGCAAGCAGAUUUACCUCAGCUUCUGCGUUACUGAUACAGGACCAGGAAUGACCGAGGAAGAACGUGCCCGCCUGUUCAACAGGUUCCAACAAGCCAGUCCCAGAACUUCAAUAAAAUACGGCGGUACUGGUCUUGGGCUCUUCAUAUCUCACUCGCUCACCGAAAAGCAAAGUGGAAGCAUGGGUGUUGUAUCACAGCCAAACAAAGGUUCUACCUUUGCAUUCUACGUGAAAGUUCGCCAAUCAGCCAAUCCUCCUGGAAAGUCUUCGAAACAUAGUCUUCAAUCAACUCAGGAAUUGGUGCUUCGACAACUAGAGAAUACACAGGCGUUGAAAGUUAUUCAAGAUACAGCGGUCAUGAAAGAAUCUGAAGCAAAGCAGCGCCGAGCAACUCUGUCGAGCCUAGAGGAUUCUCGAGAACACAAACCUUUGCCUCAGGUAGCGUACCAUGUUCUUCUGGUGGAAAAGCAGCUUACGAGAGCUGGCUGCAUUGUCUACGUUGCCAACCAUGGAUUAGAGGCGCUGGAAACUCUACGCCGCGCCGAUAUCUGGGAAGCAGCCGCUGGUUCUGGCCACAAGUUGGACGUCGUACUAAUGGAUCUCGAAAUGCCAGUCAUGGAUGGACUUUCCGCAAGCAGGGAGAUUAGAUAUCUCGAAGAAGCUGGAAAACUGACCAGACAUGUUGAAAUUAUUGCUAUCACUGCCAAUGUCCGAAAAGGCCAGGUCGAUCGCGCGUUGGCUGCGGGUAUUGAUGCAAUCAUGGCAAAGCCGUUCUUGGUAUCUGAUCUGCUAGAGACGAUCAAGGCGCGACUGGGAAGAUAA